AUGGAGGCAACUACAAGUCAUCGGCCUUGGGAAUCUGUUCCUCAGCCCAUCAUCCCACAAACCACCCAAACUCUACCAUCGAUAGCGUCCUUGACCUCGAAAUUACCCUCGCAGCCCCAUGAGCGAGGCCACCUGGACCUCUCUAUACAUCCACCUCAAAGAGAUUCUGGUAGCUGGAUGACCCCUGGCACAUUAUCGGGUUCUUCAAUCAAUUCUAUGCCAUAUCUAAACUCGGCGCAUUCCCCCAACGGAGUCGCUCUGUCUCCCUACACGCCCGACUACACUGCCGCUCCUCAAGCACCCUUCAAUAGCAAAACCUCUCAUCCUUCCAACGGGCUGCCAACCCCGACAUCAGAUUCUCAUCCUAAUAGAGGCAGUGGCGAUUUCGACGAUUCAAGGAGAAGCAGCGUCACCAACAGUAUACAUACGGGCAUGAACAACCUAGGAUUGGGUCCGGCGUCUCCAUACACGAGCAACAACCAGUCACAAUCUUCUCUUGUGUCCGGCUUGCAGAGAGAACGGGGGAUUCAAACAAAUGGAUAUUCAGGUGGCCGAUACUCUACUAUGAGCGCCGGUUCAAUAUCCUCCUUUGGGUCCAACCGUGGCGGUGCAGGCAGAGGCGGUUUUGCAGCAGGCCGUGUUGCUCCUCCAAUUUUGGAAAAUCCUGUAAAAGAAGUUUACAGUGCUGAUGCACCUACACGCGGUCAAGCUUAUGCAUUCCCCGAUCCCGACGCACCCCCACGUCCAUCUGGACGACCUCCCUCCAACUUCUCGAGAAGAAACAGCUUUGCCGAGUCCUUUACCAGCAGCGUCCUGACUGUCGAGUCUUCCAGGCUACCCCUGGGUCAGCAAGAACUCCCUGAAGCCCAUCACCAUACUUUACAACACAAGCAAGUCGACAGUCUUCGUGGAGAUCCUGACUCCCCAAAUAGCCAGACCCCUUACAGUCGUACACCAGAGUUGCGAGUUACUCACAAGCUUGCCGAGCGUAAGCGGCGGAGUGAGAUGAAAGAUUGCUUUGAACAGCUACGAACUCGGCUGCCACAGGCCCAAAACAACAAAUCUAGCAAAUGGGAAACUUUAUCCCGAGCAAUUGAUUAUAUCACAUCCCUAGAAAAUCAGACCAAGCAACAAAGACACGACUAUGAGAAACAGCGACACCAGCUUCAAGAUUUGGAGAACAAAAUGCAUGAGAUGAGCCAGCAGAUGCAACGUUUACAGAAUCAAGGUUCAUUUCCACCACCACCGAGUGUCAUCCCCCAGAGUCCUUUGGGAUAUGCCCACGGUCCUGGCCCGCACUUUAAUAAUGGCAUAGAUGGAUCAAAUGAGCUUCCACGCACCCUCCCACCGUUGAUGAAUGGCGCUAUGCAAGGAAUUCAGUAUUCCGAUGAAAGGCGGUAA